UCCACCAGGCAAUGGUCACAUCACUGAAUGAAGACAACGAGAGUGUCACGGUGGAAUGGAUAGAGAAUGGAGAUACGAAAGGGAAAGAGAUUGACCUGGAGAGCAUAUUUGCUCUGAACCCAGAUGUGGCCCCUGAAGAGGAGGCAGUACAGAGUCCUGAGACCCCCCCUCCUGCCACCUCUAUUGCCUCUGCUGCCAAACAAAUCAAGCCACCCAAGAACCGACGGACAAUAGCACCCCCCAAGACUGAAACCCCAGCAAGAGAAAACAGAGCGGUGGGGACUACGCGGGCCAGACCCAGUCAGAUACAGCACCAGCAGAGCCAACCAGAACCACCCCCACCUGCAGCACUCACAGCCCUACAGACACAGCAAAUGACACUACAACAGCAGCAGAACGCGCGGCGGAAAUCUAACUGUGUGAAGGAGGUGGAGAAACUGCAGGAGAAACGAGAGAGAAGGCGGCUGCAACAACAGGAGCUGAGAGAGAAGAAGGCACAGGAGGUAGAUGUCACUGUGCCUAACUAUGAGAUCAUGUGUAUGAUCAGAGACUUCAGAGCCAGUCUGGACUACAGGCCUCUAACCACCGCUGAUCUGAUCGAUGAGGAGCACAGGAUAUGUGUGUGUGUACGAGCACGGCCCCUCAAUAAAAAAGAGUUGACUAUGAAGGACCUGGAUGUGAUUACCAUCCCCAGUAAGGACGUGGUGAUGGUCCAUGAACCCAAGCAGAAGGUGGACCUGACCAGGUACCUGGAGAACCAGACCUUCCGCUUCGAUUAUGCCUUUGACGACAGCGCCGACAAUGACAUGGUCUACCGGUUCACCGCCCGACCACUGGUGGAGACCAUCUUUGAGAGGGGAAUGGCCACCUGCUUCGCCUACGGACAGACCGGAAGUGGGAAAACGCAUACUAUGGGAGGAGACUUCUCUGGGAAGAACCAGGACUGUUCUAAAGGGAUCUACGCACUGGCUGCGAGAGACGUGUUUCUCAUGCUGAAGAAGCCAAACUACAAGAAGUUGGACCUCAAUGUCUAUGCCACCUUCUUUGAGAUCUACAGUGGGAAGGUGUUUGACCUGCUGAACCGGAAAGCCAAGCUGAGGGUUCUGGAGGAUGGGAAGCAGCAGGUGCAGGUGGUGGGGCUGCAGGAGAGAGACGUCAAAUGUACUGAAGACGUCCUCAAACUCAUAGAGGUUGGAAACAGCUGCAGGACGUCAGGUCAGACCUCGGCCAACGCCCACUCGUCCCGUAGCCACGCUGUGUUCCAGAUCAUUCUGAGGCGGCGAGGGAAGAUGCACGGCAAGUUCUCGCUGAUCGACCUGGCGGGGAACGAGAGGGGGGCCGACACGUCCAGCGCUGACCGCCAGACUCGCCUGGAGGGGGCCGAGAUCAACAAGAGCCUGCUGGCGCUCAAGGAGUGUAUCAGAGCCCUGGGUCGGAACAAGCCCCACACCCCGUUCAGAGCCAGCAAGCUGACCCAGGUUCUCAGAGACUCCUUCAUCGGGGAGAAUUCCAGGACCUGCAUGAUUGCCACUAUAUCUCCUGGAAUGGCUUCCUGUGAAAACACUCUAAACACUCUGAGAUACGCCAACAGAGUGAAGGAGUUUGGGAUCAGCCCAUCAGACAUCCCCUUCUCCCAGCAGCAGGGUGGUGGAGGGGGGAGUCGUGCUGAGCUCUCCCCCACUAAUACCUACGAGUACGAUGACUUUCCCACCUCUCCCACCAGGGUGAAGGAGCUGACUGUGGACCCAGGGGUGAUGAUGGAGGGGCGGGGAGGACACAGCAUCACCCAGCUAGAGGUCCUGGAGGCUCAGUGGGGGGUCGGCAGCUCUCCUCAGAGGGAUGACCUCAAACUGCUCUGUGAACAAAACGAAGAGGAGGUGUCCCCCCAGCUCUUUACCUUUCAUGAGGCUGUGUCUCAGCUGGUGGAGAUGGAAGACCAGGUGCUGGAAGACCACCGAGCUGUGUUUCAGGAGUCUAUCCGCUGGCUGGAGGAUGAGAAGGUUCUGUUGGAGAUGACAGAGGAAGUGGACUACGACGUAGACUCCUACGCUACGCAGCUAGAACAGAUCCUGGAUCAGAAGAUAGACAUCCUCAUUGAGCUCAGAGACAAAGUGAAGGGUUUCCGUUCUACGCUCCAGGAUGAGGAGCAGGCGAGCAAACAGAUCAACCCCAAGAGGCCUCGCGCUCUUUAGACACACACAUUCCAACACACACGUGUACGUACACACGUCACUAAUCUCAACACUUAACUGGAACCCUCUGACAUUAAGGCUACUUGAGACUGUCAUAAGCAUGACAUAACUGAUGUCCUUAGCCAUGGUCCCUAAAAGAUGGCCGGGGCCCAUUGCGGUACUGGGUUGUGGAUUGGGUUGUGAAUAUCUAAAUAUGGGUUGUGGCCUAAAGCAUUGUUUCAUUUGUCCAGAGAGGCAUAUUGACAUUUAAAGGCAUUAAAGAAAUAGGGGUCACAGCACAAAACAUCUGGAAACAACUGUUCUACAAGCAAAUUAUUUAGACAUUUGUUUAGACCUAAAUAAGAUCCAUGCUAUGAUGUAUUUUAUGAUUGAAGGAUCAUGAGGUGUUGCCCUAUUCUCUAUGUACAGGCUCUCAUUGCUGCUUGUAAAUAUCCUCCAUCCAUCUAUCCAUCCAUCCAUUUAUCCAUCUGUUAAACCGAGGGCAGAUUCUCUCUUCUUUCCAUGUAUGUACAUAGAUACAUUACCCAUGUGGUGAAACAACUAUUGACCGAUUUUCAUUUAAACAAAGGGGGAAGGAUUUCUUUUAUGCACCUUUUUAUAAGACAAACUGUAAGAUAUGAUCAAUUUUACCUCCAGCCAAUUUUAAGAAUCAAAACAACGUAUUUAUUUAGUAACUUAACUACCGUAUUCAAUCAUGCUCCUGGAGAGUUUUAGUGUGUGCAGGCUUUCUUUCCAGCCCAGCACUAACACACCUGACUCAACAAAUCAACAAUACCGUGAUCAGCUGAAUUAGAUGUGUUAGUGCUAGGUUGGGGCAAAAGCCUGCACACACUGUAUUCAACUCUACAGGGCCAAGAGCAACAAACACUGAUUUAGUAGGAAAUACAUUUCUGACCACCUGUUCUGAUCAUGUAGCCUAUAUAGGUUGAGGAAGUGAUCAUGUGUUGGUCUGGGAGCCAACCAGAUGCAUGCAUGCACAAACCAGCUGUGAUUGUACUUUAUACCAUGGAGUUGUUGAAUACUCGUUUCUGUUUGGCUUGAAGGGCAUUCUAGAGCGUGCAUUAUUUACCUAUAACACACGGUAUAUCUGCACGGUAGAAUUCAAUGGCUAUAGUUCAUUCUUACGUGUUCUAUGUUUGAACUGCUUUUGAAAGCA